AUGUACGUAAAAAUUGAGACGUCAAGAUUGGAUUAUUUUUGUAAUAAGCAACAAGAGAUUCGAUCUGAAGUGUAUCAAGGAAUAGUUGACAGUAUAUCAAUUGGACAAAUCAAUGCUUCUAAAGUUGGUAAACGCAUCAUUCUGCGUUCAUCUUUUAUUGGAGAUCCAACAGAUAUGCGCAAAAGAUAUAUGGAAGCAAUGACUUUAGUCCAACGCUUUGAAAAACCGGACAUCUUUUUAACUAUGACAUGUAACCCAAGUUGGAAAGAAAUCUUAGAUGAGUUGGGUCCACAAGAAGAAGCACAAAAUCGUCCUGAUUUGAUUGCACGUAUCUGUAGAGCAAAAUUAGAAGAACUGAAGGAUGAAUUAUUCAAACAGGAGAUAUUUGGGAAAGUUUCAGCAUAUGUAUAUGUCAUUGAACAUCAGAAAAGAGGACUACCACAUGCACAUUUCUUGAUCAUACUACAAAGAGAUUGGAAAAUCUAUGCUCCAGAAUCUUUUGAUGAAAUUGUAUCAGCAGAAAUACUUGACAAAGAGAGAAAUUUACAUUUGCACAAGACAGUAAUAAGACAUAUGAUGCAUGGUCCCUGUGGAGUACUAAAUCCGAACAAUGUGUGUAUGAAAACAAAUGGCAGUUGUAAAAACCACUUUCCAAAAGACUUUGCAUCUAACACAACUGUUGGAAUCGAUUGUUUCCCACAGUACAGACGUUGUGAUAAUGGAAUAAUUGUCAAAGUCAGAGGUAAAAAUUUAGAUAACCGUUGGGUUGUUCCACAUAAUCCAUAUCUCCUCGCAAAAUUUGAUUGUCACUUGAAUGUAGAAAUUUGCUCAACAAUCAAAGCAGUCAAAUACCUUUAUAAGUACAUUUAUAAAGGUCAUGAUCGUGUUGCUUUCAAUUUGAUUCCUGGACAAAACAUCCAAGAUAUAGAUGAAAUCCAACAAUUUCAAUCAGCUAGAUGGAUUGCUCCACCAGAAGCCAUGUAG